AUGAAGUCUCGACGAACUCAACGAUCCAAGUCUCUCCCUAACAACCAAUCGCCCAAGAGAUCAUUCUUUUCUAUCAUUUCUCGCCGGCUUUCUCUUAGUUCCAGACGACGCGCCGACUCUGUUCGCUUGUAUGACGACAGUGAAGAUGAUGACACUGUCCAAGUGAUCCCUCAAGAGAUUCAGCCACCCACACAAUCUCGCUUUUCUAGACGAGCCUCCCGCUUCUGGUCUACCUCAGCUGCCAACCAAUUCGACGACGAUGACUCUUCGCCUCAAUCGCCCACGUAUCCCGCCUAUGGGGGCGCUUAUGUUCCCCGACACGCUGCAAGCGACUUCUCAAAGACAGCUUCCAACCGCCUCACCAUGAUGGCAGAGGCAGAUGAGACAACUCUCUGUUCAUACAACUUUCGCACCAACAGGACUACCAGAAGCUUCGGCACAGACGAUGAGCUUGACGUGGACCAUCGAGAACAAGCCCUCAAUGCCCUUACUAGUAUCGCCCUCUCGAGCGAAUCAAGCAGUGAGAGCACCAACGACUAUACUCUUUUCUUGGCCGACGCUGCGACUGGCUCGGAUGCACGACGACGAAGGUCUGCUGCUGCAUGGGCUGAGCUCGAGCACAGAGCAACGGCUGCGAGUCGAAGGACCAGCGGCACGGAUUUCCUCAUGGGUCGACCGGGGCGCACGCAGAGUAGUUAUCUGGGCUUACCUGGCAGUGCAUAUGACUCUUCCAGGCCAGCAAGCUCGGUUGCUGUGAGCAUCACCGAGUAUAUCAGACCAGCACAGACUGGCAGGGUUUGGUGA